AUGAAACAAAGGAAGCAAUCCGAUUUGGAAUAUUGUGACGCUAACAAUGUUGUUCGGCGAACUUCCCUGCAUGGUAAGGCGCUGAUGGUGCUGGUGAGCGGGAAGGAGUCAAAUUAUCGGAAGUACCAGGCUAUUGUGUACAACUUCCUAGAAAGACCUAAAUCGCAUGCAUCGAUUGCAUACCACAUUGUCGUGUUUACAUCCGUCCUAACCUGUUUGAUAACGAGCGUUCUCUCAACCGUCCAAUAUGUAAUGGAGCCAGCCUCGAACGCACUCGUAUAUAUGGAAUUGGUCCUGCUUAUUUGGUUCUUCGUCGAGUAUGUCGUGCGUAUUUGGAGCUCGGGCUGCAGAUCAAGGUACCAGGGCUGGCGAGGAAGAUUGCGAUUCGCUCGACGACCAUUCUGCAUCGUCGAUGUUAUUCUCAUCGUGUCCAGUGUUGUUGUGCUGGCCGGAGACAAUGACAACAAUGUUUUUGCUGCCAGCGCACUCAGAGGUCUGAGGUUCUUUCAGAUCCUGCGAAUGAUUCGCGUUGAUCGUCGAGCAGGCUCAUUCAAAUUGCUCGCAGCUGUCGUCUAUGCCCAUCGACAGGAACUUCUUACGACCAUGUACAUUGGAUUCCUGGGACUGAUCUUCAGUUCCUUCCUUAUCUAUUUGGUCGAGAAAAAGCAGAACCAAAACAUAACCAGUUAUGCGGACGCCUUAUGGUGGGGUGUGAUAACCCUUUGCACCGUGGGAUAUGGGGACACAGUACCGCAGACGUGGAUCGGAAAGGUGAUAGCUGCUUGCUGCGCUGUGGCUGGAAUUUCCUUCUUUGCUCUACCUGCAAGUAUUUUAGGCAGCGGAUUUGCACUCAAAGUCCAACAGCAGCAAAGACAGAAACAUUUGAUUCGAAGAAGAAUACCAGCUGCCACAUUGAUCCAAUGUUUGUGGCGCUGUUAUGCCGCAGAUAAGAGAUCCACUUCACAGGCCACGUGGGCAAUGUACCGGAAAGCACCAAGCACCAGCACAAAGUAG